AUGCAUCAUCAAGUCGAGUUCAACCCUCACAUCCUCGAAUCCGCCGCGUCUCGUACGGUGAUCAUCACAGGCGGCGCGGGGGGAAUCGGCGGUGCGACCGCUCGAAUCUUCAACGAACACGGUGCCAAUGUAGUUAUUGGAGAUCUGCCUAUCUUUGAACAAAAUGCAAAUGAUCUAAUUGCAUCGUUCCCGCAUCCAUCGCGCACGUUAUUUGUUCCAGUCGACAUCACAAAAUGGGAUGAUAUGAAAAACCUUUUCGAUCGCGCAAUAGCGACAUUUGGUGGGGUAAACAUCGUGGUUGCGAACGCGGGCAUUAUGGAGUCUGAAGAGCUUCUUGAUAUGGAUAAUCUUGAUGAGAAUGGAGAUCUACGAGAUAGUGAUGAGGCUUGUAAAGUUUUUGAUGUCAAUGUCAAGGGAACUUUGAAUACAAUCAGACUUGGAAUGCACCAUAUGAAGAGUCUGAAUUCGACAAGCUCCUCUCCAAACUCGAUCAUUCUGGUAUCUUCGACCUCGGGAUACUUUGGAGGAACUGGUGUUCUGGGUUAUAUUGGCUCCAAGCAUGGGGUUACUGGCCUUCUCCGGGGGUCACAGGCUGCAGCACAGAAAUACGGAGUUAAAGUUAAAGGUAUCGCACCCUUUUUUACGCCGACUAGAAUUACUGCAGGUCUUGCUGUGCGGUGGAAGGAUUCCGGAAUGGAAGCCAACACGCCCGAGCAUGUUGGGAAUAUUAUCGCCCAAUCUGCACUUGAUGACUCUCCGAGUGGAAGCUGUAUAUUGGUAGCUGGAAAAUAUCUUCGCGAGCUUGAGCUAACGAGAGCGAAAAUGAUGCCUGGGUGGUUAGGCCAGGAUUUGGUCGAUUUUAUGGGUAGGGCUUUCAGGUUCAUCAUGGAUACUGGCUAUAACACCCCAAAGAAGUAUAAUUAA